AUGAUCUCAAAGCCACAUGCUGCCAUCCUCUGCAGCCCUGGCAUGGGCCAUCUCAUCCCUGUCAUUGAGCUCGCAAAACGACUUGUCAACCACCACAACGUCACCGUCACCAUCUUCGCCGUCCAGUCCAAUACUUCCAAGGCUGAAUCCGAGCUCCUCAAGGCAGCCACGAGCCCGAAAUUCUGUGACAUCAUUGAACUCCCACUGCCGGACAUUUCCGGCCUCCUUGACCCCGACGCCGGUAUCGUCAUGAAACUCUCAGUCAUGAUGCGAGAAAUACGACCUGCUUUUCGGUCGGCAAUUCUGGCCGAGGACUCUCCUCGUCCCACCAUCCUUAUCGUGGACCUCUUUGGCACUGAAUCUCUCCCCAUUGGCGACGAGCUUGGGGUUCCCAAGUACGUUUACAUUGCUUGCAAUGCAUGGUUCUUAGCGUUGACUGUCUACGUGCCAAUUCUCGAUAAGGAAGUGGAAGGAGAGUACGUGGAUCAGACUGAACCGCUGAGGAUCCCGGGUUGCAGUCUGGUUCAGCCUGAAGAAGUGUGUGACCCGAUGCUGAACCGGGCCGACCAACAGUAUUUGGAAUACGUACGGAUGGGGGUUGAAAUACCAAGGAGUGAUGGAAUUUUGCUCAAUAUCUGGAAGGAUUUGCAGCCCAAAACAUUGGAUGCAUUCAAAGAUGAGAGCCUCUUGGGUGGAGUGGUUAAGGUGCCGGUUUAUCCUAUUGGACCUUUGACGAGAUCGGCCCAAUCAGCCGGUCCAACAGGUUUAAGGGACGGAGACUUGUUUAACUGGCUGGACAAGCAACCCAGUGAGUCUGUGAUAUUUGUGUCAUUAGGCAGCGGGGGAACUUUGACCUACGAGCAAAUGACAGAGAUGGCGUGGGGUUUGGAGCUGAGCCAGCAAAGAUUCAUUUGGGUUGUUCGACCACCCACCUCAAAAGGCGCAGAUGCUGCUUUUUUCACUUCAGGAAAAGGAGAUGACGACCCAUCGAGCUAUUUGCCCGAAGGGUUCUUGACCCGAACCCGAGAGAUUGGGCUGGUUGUGCCUAUUUGGGCUCCCCAAGUGGACAUCUUAAGCCAUCCAUCAAUAGGAGGGUUUUUCUCACACUGCGGCUGGAAUUCAACCCUAGAGAGCAUCAUCAAUGGAGUGCCGAUGAUCGUGUGGCCUCUCUACGCAGAGCAGAGGAUGAACGCCACGUUGUUGAGUGAUGAGCUUGGCGUGGCCGUGAGGUCUAAAGUUCCUCCAUGGAAGGGAGUGGUUGAAAGGGAGGAGAUAAAGAGAAUGGUGAGAAAGAUAAUGGUGGGGGAAGAUGGGAUUACAAUAAGGGGUAAGGUCAACGAGCUAAAACUGAGUGCAGUCAAAGCUUUGAGCCAAGGUGGUUCUUCGUAUAAUGCACUGUCUCAAGUGGCAAGUACAACUAAAUGA